CCCCACUUUAGUCACGAAACGCGGGCCGCGCCUGCCGGGUUACCCCGUAAACUUGAAUAAACUUGUUGCAACAACCUCCGCGAUCACCCAGCACCUACAUGCAGCCCUUUUAUCACAAGACACCCCUUGCCAACUGUCGCAAACCCACCCACGAUGCCGCCAAAGAAGGGCAAAGCAAAGAAGUCGCCCGCGCCCACGCGGCGCAGCGCGCGCAUCCAGUCGCGCGAGCCCUCAGUUGAGACGGAAAAUGUCCCGGCGAUCAUCGCUCCGCAGGUGCCGCUGCCGGCUCCCACGAGAUCGCCAUCGCCCGAAAUCGUGAUAGCGAAAACACCCAGACCGUUCACCAAGGCUCAGCGCGAGGCGAAGCUCAAGAAGAUUCGCGAGGAUUACGGGGAGAGUCUCGCCGAAGAACAGACGACGAAGGCUCCUCUUGCGCUCAUGCCACCUCCUUACCCCACACCAUCGAAACACCCCGGCUUACCCGAUUACAACUUCCAACCGACCGCUCUCCCAACCACAAACGAGACAGAAGAAGGUACGACGAACACUACCGCGACAACAACUCCCCAGCGUCUCGCCGGAGAAGAGCAGGGGCACUCGGGGUGGCGUAGAAUGCUUGCCUCUGUCGGAGGAUACUUCGUCAGCCCAUUCACGCGCAAGCGAUCGGCAGAAGACGAUGACGACACGCAUUCAUAUUCACAACCCGCUGCCAAACGCAGCAGAAUCGAAGAGUCACCGAAGCAGCUUCUAGACAACACCAUUCCUGCCACGCAACCUCCGGCUGACUCCGUCCAACCCAUCUCUUCCAUUCGUAAGCGCCAGGCCGAAGACGCCAGUGAAGAGUCGCCCACCAAGCGCGCCCGUAUUGAGACUCCAAAGCCAUCAACGCGGAGGCUCGCUGCUUCUCCUCGUGGAAACACUGGUCCCUCGUCACGAGUGGAAUCAGACAUCCCCGCCACAACGGCACAACAGACGCCAGGCCGCUCAGACAAAAUGCAGCCGGCUCAGACCCCAAGGUCUGCUCAGAGAGAGUCUCCACGCAACCACAGUAACGGUCCGUCGACGAGGAACCACCACGUGCCGACUUCUCUGUCCACCAUCACCGAAUACACGGAGCCUUCGUUCAUCUCUCGUCUCUCGCAGAUCGAAGAGAGCAGUCCCACACCUUCGAAGCCAUCACGCGCUCAGCAACCGCCCAAGCUGCUUGACGUGCCGCAGGGCACCCCCGUGGUGCGCCGCAUGCCUCGCACCCCUCGCUUCCUUGGCACUCCGACCAUCCAACGGGCGGCGAUGCUGCGUGCUGCGCGCGAAGCCAAUUCUGAUAUUGGCACCCCCAGCACCGUCGGCUUCUCAUCAUUGAGGAAGGCCGCGCCAAAGCCAAAGGAGAGCAAUGCCGAUGUCCGUCAAGCGAAAAUGGAACGAUUGCGACAGCUAAGGAAGGAACUGGACGAGCUGGAACAAGACGAAGACGUCAAAGAGAUCCAAUCCCACCGGCUCAAGAGAGUCAAGAUCGACCGACUCGUUUCCAUCCCACACAACCUCCCCGGUGAUCCCAGCGGUAUGUUCCGGGUCCCGGAAGGCGAUUCCGACGACGAGAUGGAGGUCUACGAUGACGUCGAAGAGCGGUCGAACGUGUUUGAGGAUUCGGAGAGGAGCGUGGACGACUCGCGGGCGUCGGUUAUGAGCAAGUCGUUUGGCGCGAGUUUGACGUCCGACUUACAGUCGACGCCCAUCACCUUCUCGCAAGCAGCUCCUGUGGCUCCUGCGGCUGCGACUACACCGGCCGUCGCGGCAACUCCGACCAGCUCUCGACCAGCAGCCAAGGCUGUGCAACCAGGCAACGACUUGGUGCCGGCCGUCGCGGCAACUCCAACCAGCUCACGACCAGUAGCCAAGGCUGUGCAACCAGGCAACAACCCGGUGCCGGCCGUUGCUCCAACUCCUACAGCUGCUCCGUUGCAGAGCCAGAACGCCCGACCAUCUGUGAAACUCGCGCAGCCGGAAAUCUCCGCUCCGACGCCAGGCAAGGAUACAAUCUCGCGCGAAGGAUCUCAAGCCCACUUUGUCUUCCCCGAUGUUGGCCGCACGCCCCAGGGAUACUUUGUUAGUGAGGCAUACAAGGCUGAGGCGGGGGUAUUGUUUGGCAAAGGGUUGGUGGAGUUUCUGGCCGUUUAGAAGUGCGGCUGAGGAGCAGGGGAAGAGGCAGCGAAGUAUGGUGAAAUUGGAAAUUGAGAGCGAGGUCCGAUGAACUGGAGAGGUCGGAUUGGUUGUUGAUUGGAGGACAUGAUGGAAAGUAGCCUCGGGCCCUGCAAUGGGCGAGCUACUAUACGAUGCAUUGCAGAUCUGGGA